GUCAGCUACUCGUGGUAAUCGUACGGCGAACGCGCGACCGAACGACCGACGGUCCCGUCAACCCUAUAAUCGUCAUCGAUAUAGCUCUAUCGGCACAAGAGUCGAUUUUUUUUUUAAUUUUAGCUAAUACCGUAGAGAAUAAAAAAAAAAAUAAUAAUAAUUUGUUUUCUCGAAGAAAGUGUUCGGCGUCGUUGACACACCACUAUACAGUCUCCCGCCAAAGUCGGAUAACGUGCGCGUUCACCAAAAGGAUAUCGUCGUCGUCCAGAGUACGAUUUAAUUUCUUUUAAAAAACUGUAAACGCCCAAAACAAACAAGAUGGUGUUCAGUACAAUCGCACAAGGUUACAACACGUUAAUGAACGACUAUAGUGACCCCAGGGUCAAAGAUUGGUUUCUGAUGAGCGGCCCUCUGCCCACGUUAAUAACGUGUCUGUCGUACGCGUUCAUCGUCAAAGUGGUGGGACCAAGACUGAUGAGAGACCGCAAGCCGUUCCAGCUGAGGAAGACGUUGAUCGUAUACAAUCUAUUCCAAGUGAUCUUCUCCACGUGGAUCUUCUGGGAAGCCUGGGACGCGGCAUGGGGCCGAGGCUACAGCCUCAGGUGUCAACCCGUCGACUAUUCCACAUCUCCCGAAGCCAUGCGGGUAGCCCGAGGCUGUUGGUGGUACUACUUCUCCAAGUUCACAGAGUUCUUCGACACCUUCUUCUUCGUCAUGCGCAAGAAAUACGACCAAGUAUCCACGCUGCACGUCAUCCAUCACGGAGUCAUGCCCAUGAGCGUGUGGUUCGGCGUGAAGUUCACCCCGGGCGGUCACAGCACGUUCUUCGGUCUGCUCAACACGUUCGUGCACAUCAUCAUGUACUCGUACUACAUGUUGGCCGCCAUCGGACCACACAUGCAAAAGUACUUGUGGUGGAAGAAAUACCUGACCCUCCUGCAGAUGGUGCAAUUCAUUAUGGUGUUCAUCCACGCGUCUCAGUUGCUGUUCAUCGAGUGCGAUUACCCGCAAGCGUUCGCCUGGAUCAUCCUGUUACACGCCGUCAUGUUCUACUUCUUGUUCUCCAACUUCUACAAACAAUCUUACAAAAAGAAGGACGCCAAAGACAAGGCCGACGCCAAGAAACGCGACGAUACCGACCGGGCCAACGGCAUCGAGCCCCGCAGCAGCAGCAACAGCGAACAGGCUAACCAGCCGCAGGAACCGCAAAAGUCCUUCUGGAGCAACCUGCAGACCCCGUGCUUCCUGCCGGCCGUCACCGACGAGGACGACCAGGAAGUCAACGGGCAGGCGUACUCCGACCCCACGGAAACCGCGCCCAAGACGGCAUUCGUGUCCGGCGAGAACUCCAUGCGAAACAGGGCGUACGUGUCCAACACGGUCAACGGAUCGUCGUGAGAUGAUCUGGUCGCCGCAGAAAAAAAAAACAACAACAAAAACACAAAGAAGAAAUUAAAAACUGAUCGAUUAAAAAAAGAAGAAAAAAAUAAAAACGCCCGAAUAGAUCCUGCCUCCCCCCCCCACCUCCCUCCAUUGGAAACCUUAAGGUUAUUUCCGCCGUCGUUCCGGAUAUGUCUAUAUAUAUAUAUAUAUAUAUAUAUAUAUAUAUAUAUUAUUACGACUGACUGUUUUUUUUUUUGUAUAAUAAUUGUUAUGUUUUUCUCUAUCUAUCUAUAUCACUCUCUCUCUCUCUCUCUCGCACUGUAUUUACUGUAUGUUUGUCUCUGUGUCUCUAUACUAUCUCUCUCUUUCCCUAAUAUGUGUUCGUUUUUGUGUAGUUUUUUUUUUUUUUUUAAACGGAUCGACGGUGAAAUAUCUCGAAAUAAUUAUUAUUAUUUUUUUUUUUCUCUCCCCCCUCCCUCCAUUUCUCUCUCGCAGGUAUGUCCCUCUCGACUCGACCGGGAAAAAUGUUUGUAACCGAAUCGCUUCUAAGACGGCGAACAUACCAGGUCUUGUAUUUAUAUAACGACGUUUGAUGUUAAGAAAUAAAUACAAAAAAAAAAUAUAUAUAUAUAUAGUUUCGCUAGUUAGGUCACUUUGUGUACAGUAACUGUUAUAAAUAUAUGAUUUCUCUCUUUUUCUCUCUAUUUUUUUUUAAAUUUUUUUUUAGGCGUUAUUCUCUCUUAUAUACAAAUAAGUUGUGUUAUGAUAAUUAUUAUUAUUGUUGUAAUCAUAAUUUUUUUACCGUUUAAGCGAAUAACAAUAGAUCGCACAGUGCGUUACACACCAGGUCCCCGGGAAUAAAAUACAAUAAUAGUAGUAAUAAUUACUUAUAUUAAAUAAUAUAAGAUUUCUUUUUUUUUUAAAUUUGUUUUCGUAGUCAAUAAACAUGACGAAUACGAAUUAAUGUUUAAUAAUAAAUAAUAAUAAAAAAAAAGGAUAAAUAACGACUGUAAAAUGAUUUUUCCAAAACGAUUUGGGUUCGACUCGGUGAAUUACUAAUUAUACCAUAUUAUUUGUAGUCAAUAAAAAAUGUAUAUGUACUUUAUUACCUAAGUAUGUAAAUUUCAAUCGAGUCAUGUUGUAGUGCGCAGUAUCUCUUGCCUUGUUUAGUCGGUAUACCUAGACUACCUAGAUAUAAUAUAUACUAUAUAAAUAUAUAUAUAUAUAUAUAUAUAUUAAUAAUUGUAAUUUUCAACUAUAUAUCUAUUUAUAUAUCAUAUAUUUUAUAUAAAUAAACGUGUUAGAUAUUAUUUCUAAA